AUGGACCUGCCAUCGCUGGUUACUUUGCCAGCAGCCGGUGGAUCAACCGGAAAGAAUGGUCCAGAUGCUCGUCACCAGAAGCCCUGGGGCUGUCUCCGGACUCUGGUAAUCCCCGAGAGCAAAAUCAGUGAUUCCAUAAUUGAACAGAUUGCAGGAAGGUUAUCGUUGGUUACUUUCUUAGAUGUAAGCUAUUGUAUGAACAUGGGUGCAUUUGGACUUGAGUUGAUAGGAAAGAACUGCAAGCUGCUGGAAAAGCCGCACAGGGAAAUGGAUCAGUAUGAUACUGGUGAUGAGCCUCCAAGAGACGAUGAAGCUAUGGCGAUUGCUUUCACGAUGCCUAAUCUGAAGCAUCUUGAUAUUGGCGGCCAUUCAAUGACCACAGAGGGUGUUCGUAAAAUACUAGGAGCUUGUUCAAGGCUUGAGUAUUUGAGACUCUGGCAUUGCUCGAAGGUUAAAGGCGAAAGCUUGGGUCCGGCGAGGAAGUAA